AUGAGGAUGAAGCUGCUUAGCAUACACAAACAUGUAAAUCAAGAGCUCAAAUUUAGUGUUAAUAGCUUCUCGGCUUCUGAUACAAAACUUCCUUACUACAUAGUCGCCAUUAAAUUUUUUCACACAUCGCACCGGUUAGACCGGAGGUGGCAGCAGCUCCAGCUCCCGGCCCCGAGCGCGGGCAGCAGCCGCGCCCUCCGGGCCUCGCGCCCUCAGGGCCUCCCGCCCCACCGCCAGAGCAGCCCCGAGGGCCCUGGCCAGCUGCGCGUGGAUGCGACGCCACUCGCAGCCUGGCCGGGGAGACACUCACAGGUGCUGGAGCCGUCAGAGGCGACCAACGUUCCGCUGCAGAGGUGGUCUCGGCACCCCGGCGGGAGGCGAGCGAGCUGGGCUGCGGGCGCUGCGCCCCCGCCGCAGAGCCGCCAGUGCGGCGCGCCCGCCCGCCCUUUCCCGCGUCGCUGGCCAAUGCGGGCCGCGCCAGGAGCCGGCUUGAACCAUCUGUUGCGAGGCGCCUCCCCCAGCCCCUCGCCGGGGGCUCCCGCCCAAGCGCAGCCAAGGAGGGGAAAGCCUGUAGGGAGCCCGCGACUCCUGCAAGAAGCUCUUCGCCCUGUGCAUCUCGGGGGCUGGGGCCGAGCUCCGCCUCCUUGUCCCCCCCAGGAAUCGCCCUGUCCCUGGGAUGCCUCUUCUCCCUCAGCGUUCGGCUCCCCUCACAGCGCGCUCGGCGCUCGCCCGGACAGCCACUUCAGGAGUGCCAGGUGGGGCAGCGAGAGGAUCGGGGAUGCCAGGGAGCAAGAGCUGCAUGUGGGACUGAUCCUCCUCAGCAGAGGAUUCUUUGAUCUUUCAGUGAAGAUUCUGGAAUGCCAUGGUGGCUGCUUGUAGUUCCACUAGGAUUUUGAUGUUCAUGGAAAUGCUGCAGGAGAUGGGGCAUCCAGAGAGACACUUUGGGAGACAUUUUAUCUGCUAUCAAAACCCAGCUUUUAUGGUCAGUAGACUGGCACACAGCUUGGUUUGGACAGACUCACAGACCAGCCCUGGCAGGAGCUGAGAGGUAAGUUAGAGCCAUGCAAAUCUCUGAUCUUCAUUCUAUGAAGAUUUGAGAAUCAAGUGUGGCACCAGUUUCCUGUUAUGUAUUAUGAUAUUUUCAAACAAAAGGACUCCAAGUAAGCGUUACAACUACAAUAAGACUGUGCCCAGGCUCCUUGUAAAGACCUGUCCCUUGCUCUGCGAGCACAAUGUUUGGUGUGUGGUAAGAGGUUCCUGAUGUCCCCAGCGUAUUUGGGUUCUUCUUGCACAUGUACGGUCUUGAUCUGUUCUUGGCUGUAAUUUCACUAUGCCUGCUUUGUUUGGAAUGAUGACAGAGUCCAUGGGCUCAAAAAAGUUGUGCAAUCGAUCUAAUUUUUGCUGCAUGUUCUCACCACAGCAGGAAGGAGUAAAGGGAAGGAGGGUUCUCUUCCAUCUGAGGAGGAGGAUUGUACAAAGGAAAAAAUGAAGACAGAAAAACCCUGUCUUAGGGAAUUCUUGGGUAUGUUUUUUCGGUAAAAAAAACACAGUCUUAGGGACUUCUUGAGUAUGUUGUUUUGUAAAA